AUGGUAUCAGAUCAAACAAUUAUUUUGAUUCUGGUGCAUCCUGGAGUGGUGACAGCUGAAUCUAAAGCUAGGAUAGCAGAGGCUGCCUUCAAUGGGGGCCCCCUUGGGGAACUGGUCCAGUGGAGUGACCUCAUCUCCACACUUCACAUCCUGGGUCACCAUGUUUACCUAACUGCCUCCUUACCUGACCUCCGGCAUUACUUUGGGGUGGACACAGGUGGCUGCCCACAUUUUCAUUCAAAUCCGAAUCUGAUCUACACAGACAUUAUCGGCCUUAGGCAGAUCAAGAGUGUACUAAAGGGACCUUGGUUCAAAUACAGGUGCAUUAUACGGGUGUUGGAUACUUUCGGCACUGAGCCAGACUUCAAUCAUAUAUCUUGGGCCAAUAAGCACAAGCUUGCAAGUCCAUUUGGCGGACUGAACAUGAUCCCACUGCAGUUCUACACCAUGUUCCCUCAUACACCGGACAACACAUUCCUGGGUUUUGUGGUGCAGAACCAGCUGAUGUCGGAACAAAGUGAGCUGUUUAAGUCUAACAAAAGACAAAACCAGGCACUUGUAUACGGAAAGAGAGCCGAAUUUUGGGAGGGUAAAACGGCAUAUCUGGAUGUCAUCCACAAGUACUUAGAGAUCCAUGGGACAGUUAACAACAGAAACGCUCUUCCAAAUUAUGUGAAAAACCAUGGCAUUGUGAAAGGCACUGAUGUUCAGGCCCUGUUGAGACAAAGCAAGGUUUUUGUUGGAUUGUCUUUCCCAUAUGAAGGCCCCGCCCCAUUGGAGGCGUUAGCCAAUGGCUGUGCUUUCCUGAACCCGAAGUUAAACCCUCCGCAGAGCAGUCUGAACACCAAGUUCUUCAAGGGAAAGCCCAACAUCAGAGAGAUAAUAUCCCAGCAUCCUUAUGCUGAGGCCAUCGGAGAGCCCUACGUAUGGACGGUGGACAUGAACAACUUAACAGAAGUGGAAGGAGCUCUUAAUGCUAUUCUCAAUCAGACGAUUGAGCCCUAUCUUCCCUAUGAGUUUUCGUGUGAAGGGAUGCUCCAGAGGGUCAACGUCCUGAUAGAAAAGCAGGAUUUGUGCAGCAGUGCAGCAAGCUGGCCCCCACUGAGCGCACUCCAGGUUGUAAAGGCGCAGAUGUCCUGUAAAACUGCCUGCCAGAAGGCGGGGCUGAUCUGUGAACCGGCAUUUUUCCCACACCUUAACAAUGCAAAUACUCUUGCAAAGAACAGUGUAGAUUGUCAAACAUCCGAGUUCUCCGCCAAUGGCUUGGUGUUUCCUGCCUACAACAGCACUCAGCACUGUUGGUUCCAGUCUGACCCCCUCCUCUUCAGCUGUGUCCGAUCAGACGAGUCUUUGACGCGCGUCUGCCCCUGUAGAGACUUCAUCAAGGACCAGAUAGCUUUAUGCAAAGAUUGUAUCUAACUUAUGGUAGAAA